GAAAUUUAAAAAAAAGGGCAUAAUAAAUUAUAUUUAACAAAUUAGGUGAUGUCGAAUAAAAAGAUAGUACAAACCUUUCAGAUAAUUAUAAGAAAGGUUGGAAAAGAUAUUGUUAUGGAGGAACUGGUACGAUUUUUAAAUGAAAAAAGUAGCAUGACCAACAAUUGCAAAACGGCAAUAAUGGCGCUGGACGUAAUAAUCGGUUACCAGGUUUCUACCGCAAAUGUUACUGUAGGUAGAUCAUUCUUUACCCAGAAGGAAUCAAGUCCUAUUGCUGGAGGAGUUGAAGUGUGGCGAGGAUACUAUCAAUCCGCCCGUCCCACCAGAGGCAAAAUGAUGAUAAACAUUGACUUAAGUGCAACUGUUUUUUAUCAAGAUGGUCCACUUAUACAAUUAAUAACCAAAAUAUUAAAACUUGGAUCUCUUGACAAACUACGUAGUGGCCUUUCUGAAAGGGACCAUCAAAUGGUUGAGAGAACAAUCAAAAACCUCAAAAUAAGAGUUAACCAUAGAGCCGAAACCCGAACUAGUAGUUUCAAGAUUGAAAAAUUAACACAAACACCCGCAUCAAGUACUAUGUUUGAAAAAGAUGGUAAUACCAUCAACGUAGGAACCUAUUUCCAAAACACUUACAAUAAGCGUUUAAUUUAUCCCUUCCUUCCUUGUGUUGUUGUAAGAAGACACAUUUUACUUCCUCUUGAAGUCUGCGACGUAAUUCCGGGUCAACGAUAUAUGAGGAAACUGAAUGGAGGACAGAUGGACGAGAUGAUGGCGUUAACUCGCCAGAAUCCGUCCAUUCGUACCAACAUGAUCAGAAAAGGGGUAAAAAUACUAAAUGACCAAACCGAAUUUAUGCAACAAUUCGGAGUGAAAGUAUCUGAUAAAAUGGCCGUGGUGGAUGCUAGAGUUCUUCCUGCCCCAACGAUUAUUUAUCACCCGUCAUCAAGAGAGAAACAUAUCACACCUAUAAAUGGAAACUGGAACUUACGUAAUAAGAAACUUGCAAUUGGAGCCACCCUCGGCUCUUGGUGUGUUUUGGCUUUUUUAAGCUCUGACGUUUUUCCCGAUAAUGUUAUCUCGACAUUUGUCCGAGAACUAGCGACCGUGUGUCAAGACACAGGGAUGAAUGUACCAAAUAAAAAUCCUCCAAUUUUACAUGCAAAUCCUCAAGGAAAUAUUGAGGAAUCAUUAAAACAAGCAUGGUUGAAGGCUGGUAAUAGUGCCAAGGCCCAACCACAAUUAAUUUUAUGUAUUCUUCCAAACACGGGACAACCAUUAUACGCCGAAAUAAAACGUGUGAGCGACACUGUCAUCGGUGUUGCGACUCAGUGUGUCCAGAUUAAACAUACCAGGAAGACAAAAAAACAGUAUUGUGCGAACGUUUGUCUAAAAAUUAACGUGAAACUCGGUGGAAUGAAUUCAUCCCUUAGUCCUGAACAGAUUAGUUUCAUAUCUGACAGGCCCACUAUUUUGAUGGGCGCAGACGUUACCCACCCUGCACCUGGAUCUGGCAACGAACGACCAUCUAUCGCCGCAGUUACUGCCUCUGUGGACUCUAAAGCAUCCCGUUAUGCUGCAUCGAUCAGAAUCCAAAGAGGACGCACGGAAAUCAUCGCCGAUUUGGGAAACAUGGUUAAGGAAUUGCUAAAAGCGUUUUACCAAACUUGUGGGCGAAAGCCUGAAAGAAUAUUAUUUUAUCGAGACGGCGUUUCAGAAAGCCAGUUCGAAAACGUAAAAGCUAUUGAAGUAGAAGCGAUUAAAACCGCUUGCCAUGCUCUUGACAAUAAAUAUAAUCCUACGAUCACGUUUAUUGUGGUGCAGAAGAGACACCACACACGUAUUUUCCCAAUAGAUGGUGGUGAUACAGAUGCAUCGGGCAAUUGUCUUCCUGGUACAGUAAUCAAUACUGUUAUAACCCAUCCGAAUGAAUUCGACUUUUAUUUACAAAGUCACGCUGGGCUAUUAGGGACGUCUCGGCCAGCUCACUAUCGUGUUCUAUAUGAUGAAAACGGCUUUAAUCAAGACGCGUUACAAACAUUGUCGUAUAACCUAUGUUAUUUAUACGCGCGAUGUACGCGUUCGAUAUCUUUGGUACCACCGGUGUAUUAUGCACAUUUAGUUACCAAGCGAGCAAAACUCCACGCGCGCGGCGGAUCAUUUAGUGAUACGGAGUCCGAGGAAAGCGCAGGUGGUGCUGCGGUCGCAUUUGGAGAAGUAAAGCCGGUUCUACAACGGGUAAAUAUUACAAAUAAAUAA